AUGGAGACGAAACAAGUUCCAAAACGCUUGCAUGUUGGAGGGCUUGGCCAUACGGUUUCUAAGGCUGAACUGCAAGAAAGAUUUGGCAAGUUUGGGCAUGUUUUGGAUGCAGAGAUUAUUACCAGAAGAGACGAUCAGGGGAACCCUAUGAAAACUUUUGCUUACAUCAAUGUCAGCAUUUCUGAUGCAGAUCUUAAAAAAUGCAUGUCAGUUUUAAACAAAACAAAAUGGAAAGGGGGUACACUGCAAAUAGAGUUGGCCAAAGAAAGCUUUUUGCACAGGCUCGCUGUGGAGAGGGAGGAAGCAAAGCUGCAAAAAGAAAAGCCACAGAGAAACAAGACAAUGUGUCAGUUAGAAUCACUUAAGAAGGCUGGAGUUGUAGACUUUCACAUGAAAGCAGUACCAGGGACAGAGGUGCCAGGCCAUAAGAAAUGGGUUGUUGGUAAAUUCGGCAGAGUCUUGCCUAUCCUUCACCUUAGGAGUCAGCAGAAAAAUAAAAUCGUCAAAUACGACCCUUCAAAAUAUUGCCAUAACCUCAAAAAGCUGGAGCUGGACUUGACACAUGUAGUUCCUAUAUCUGAGCUUACCUGGCACUUGGAAGAGAGAGAUGACAGCAUAAGUAAGAAGCGGCGAGGAGAGUUCCCUGUAACUGAGAAGCCACAUAAAAAACUGAGGCAACUGGGCAGUGAGGCUGCAAAUGGAGCAGUAGCUCUCCCUUCUGGGUGGCAGUCAUGUUCAGAAAAGCCAGGCUCAGCACAGCUAGAUCACGGAUCAAAUUGCAAACCCAAUGAGAAGUCUGAACCACCACCACCAUCAAGGAGUCUUAACAGCAAAAUGUCAGGGAGAAGUUUACUGUUGGAUAAAAGUAAUGUUUCUGGAGUUCCAUCUCAAAAUAAUAGGAGUGGUUCUGAUAGUGACAUUGAUUCCGAAGAGGGAAUCAGGGCAAUGGUAAAGAAAGAGCUAGAAAUACAGAAAGCUGGUGAUGUUGAGACUGACAGUGACCACUUGGAAAUUGUUGGGGAUAAUUUUGAAUUAAAGUACAAUAGUCACUGGUCCUUAAGCAAUACAGGUACCCUGAAAAAAGCUAUUAAGGGAAGUUACAGAGAGGAGGAGACUAUGGAAUGUGAUAAUGGUUACAAUUCAGCAGAUACAGAUGAAAUUAUUGCUGAAAGUAAAACUUCAGAUCCAAGUAGCAGGAAAACUGUGACCUCAGAAGAUUGUGAACAGGUGAACGUGGAAAAUAAAGAAAUACUAAGUAACAAAAAACGUGAUUUGGUAAAUGACUCUUCCCUGAAGACCCGCCAUUUAAAAAAAGAAUGCUUUGAAAAAAAAGGGAAAAUGAAAUCAUCCAAAAUUGGUGCCUUGCAGCGUACAGCAGUUAACAGUACAACAAAGGCAAACAAUAAUGAAAGCUCCUCUUCAGAGUCUGAGAAAGGGGAGUCUGAAAUCGGUUCUGAUUAUGAAUCCAUGAUGCAAAACUGUUACCGCUUAGACCUUACGUUAGAUGACUUUAAAGCAUUAGCUACUGCAAAUACUGGGAGAGCAGCAGCAGAACUGGAUAGUACACAGAGUUCUAGUCAGCACAGUAAUGAAGAAAACCCUAGACAUAACAGUGUAAAUAAACAAAGACUUUCUAAAAUUUGCCCUGCGGUUAAAAAGAAGUGUAUCUGUCCUGAAGAUGUGGUUGCUGCAAUUUUAGCAGGAGAAGAGAACGCUGAUGAAGAAAGCUCCAAGACACAAAAGAAUUCAUGUUUGAAAUAUCAGCCCUUCAGAGGAAUAGGGUCUCUUUGUGAAGAAGAGUUGACUGAGGACAGGGCUGAUUUAAAGAAGAGGUCUGUGCAAGGUUUAGGUCAUGAAGCUUGUGUUUCUCAUGGUGAGGAGGUGUCAUCUAAAAGGCAGCCUAAGAACCAUCCAUUGUAUUCACUUGAAGCCAGCAGUAAAAAGAGACAAAAUAGGCGUCGUGAACAGCACACAGAGUUGUCGGACGCUGCCUCCAUAGGUGAUGAGGGAGUCGAGCCUGUUUCCAGGCCAUGUUUACAGGGAAAGAACAAAAGUGCGAGUUCUUCACAAGACAGCCAAAAUUCAGAGCGUGGAGAUGCUGCUCCUAGUUCUGCUCAGAGUGAAGAUACGAGCAGUGACAUGGAAAGUAAUUCUGCAGCAUCACAGGAACAUAUUAGGCAGCAAUUGAAAAGCCCAAAACUGCUUUCAAAAAAAUUGAAGAGGAAUGUAAGCAAUAAAAAUCCAGAAAGUGAAGCUAAUAAAUGUCGAAAUGGGAAGACAAGCCUUGUGGAAAAUCAGGAGCUUUGUCUUCAUGCUCCUGCUUCAAAAGAACCUGGUACGACAAAGAAACAGCUGCAGGAUAACCAGAGGAGGCUGGCAGCUCUGGAAGAGAGACAGAAAGAGAGAGAAUUACAGAAGAAACUAAUUCAAGGAGCGCUUUCAAAUCUGGAUAGCCAGCCAGCAGACAAGCAUAAACACAUCAUAUUCGAUUCAGAUGUGGAAAGUGAAGCUGAAGCAGAUGGGAUGUUGAAGAAAGACACAAGUUCGGGAAAUACACAUGGAGAAGUUGAAUCUGCUCCUAGAACUUUGGGUAGACUCUUUGAAAGCAGCGACGAUGAGCAAGAUGAUACAGAUGAUGAGAGAUUCAAAAUCAAGCCCCAGUUUGAAGGCAAAGCUGGCGAAAAACUCUUGAAAUUGCAGUCACGAUUUGGCACAGAUGAAAGAUUUCGCAUGGAUGCUCGAUUCCUUGAAAGUGACAGUGAAGAAGCAGAGACAAACACCUUGAAGGCAGAUGAGGAAGAAGAGCUUGCUGCAGAGAAAAAGAAAAAUCUGCAAAUACUGGGAAGCCUCUUGAAUAUCAACCUGGAACACCCUAAGCCAGCUAAAGCAGCCACAAAUGCUAAGAAAUUCAAAGAUAUUAAUGCCCUCCGCUAUGAUCCCACAAGACAGGACCAUGCAGUUUUUGAAAGAAAACCAAGCGCUACAGAAAGAGAGAGUAAAGCUGAAAGGAAGAAGAAGAGGGAAGAGAGUGAGAAACCGCCUGAAGUGUCUAAAGAAAUAUAUUAUGAUAUUGCUGUUGAUUUGAAAGAGUUGUUUGGAUCUUCAAAGAACAAAUCAGAAAAAAAGGAAGAAGUACCCUGGGACAAAGAUGAUGCAGAGGACUCUAUACCACCUGACCAUUUAGGACCGAACUCUGGUAGCACCAUAGCUAAGGAGUCCAGUGGCUUCACAUUUUCCUUCUUUGGAGACAUGGAGCAGUCGGGCACAAAAGAAGAGCCCUAUCUACUUGAAACAAUAAAACCUGUAAAAGUCACAUGGCAAGAAGAUCCACGUUUUCAAGACAGCAGUUCUGAGGGUGAUGAUGAACCAGAGGCAUCAGAAAGUGAAAUGCACAAAGAAAUGUUUUCCCUUUUACCACGGACAGAAAGUGCUAGGUUUUUUUUCUUCUCCAAAGAUGAUGAACGACUAAGAGAGGGCCCUAAGUUAUAUUGUAGAUCAGUAGACCUCAGUGAAGAAAAAGAUGGUUGGGAAGACAGACGUAGAUUAUUGCUUGAGGAAUGCCGGAAGAAGCAUAAGGAUGCAAGAAGGAAAGUGAAAGCAAAACAAUAA